AUGUCAACUUCUGAUGAACAUUCUUCUACAUGUCAUAAUUGUGGUACAAUAAAUACAAAUCGAACGAUAUGCAUUCAAUGUCAAUCGGAAUUACCUAUACAAACAUCUGGUAAUAUUCCACUACAAUUAUCCGAUGAAAAUAAUGAUCAACAAAUACCAUUAAUUCAUCAAUUUCAAAAUUUAUUCAAUAAUGAUUUUGAUAUUCAAUCAUUUAAUAAUAUUUUAUUACCAAUGCUUAUUUCACAAAUACAAUUCGAUCUUCCACAACAUCAGCAUCGUCAUCGUCGUGGUCGACCACCACGGCGUAUUAAACGUAUUACUCAUUCAUCACAUGUACAUCGAUAUUUACCUUCACUUGAUAUAUCACCUUUUCAAACUAUUAAUACUCCGACAUCUCUCAUACAACUUUUAAAUAUCAAUGAAUUAGUACCUGGACAAGUACUAAAUACUCAAGUUCAAUCAAAUAUGGCUCUUGUACAAAUACCAUUACAAUUAUUUAGUUUAGAAUCAAAUAGAGAAAAUUUUAAUUCAGAAAUGUUAACACAAUUGUUAAAUGAAGAUCAAGAUAUUUUACCUGUAACAAUAAAUGAUAUUAAUCAAUUACCUAUAUUAACUAUGACUUCAUCAAAUCUUGUAAUCAAUCCAUCAUGUGCUAUAUGUCUUGAAAAUUUCGAACUCUUAUCCGAAGUUAAACAAUUACCAAUAUGUCAUCAUGUAUUUCAUAUAAAUUGUUUAACAGAAUGGCUUCUUCGUCAUGGUAAUUGCCCAAUGUGUCGAACAAUAAUUUCAUCUACUCAACAAAUACCAAUCACAAUAUUUAAUGAUCAAUGGAUGCAACAAUUAUUCUUACGAACAUUUCAACAACAACAACAAUCUAAUACUAUUGUUCCAUAUCAUCCAGUUAAAAUGGCAAAUCCAUUACAAAUUUCAUUAGAUACAAUAGAGUCUAAUCAUUCAUUAUCGUAUACUCCUCAGUUACCACGUUUUGAUUCAUCAUCAAAUAUAGAAUAA